AUGCUUCCCUCCACUACUGGGAUGUUUUCUUUCUGCCAAACAGGACCAGCGGACCUGAACGGUUCGUCUUGGGAUGCGACAACGGAAGGUCCACAGAACUUUUCCGAAUUCACUGUUGCCGGAGACUAUUAUACCACUGGAGAUGCCGAGGACUGCUUUAUUCCUUUCAGCCAGAACACACCAAGGCCGGAUCAAACGGAAACCAUGGAGGACUAUCAAGCCAGGUGGAAUGCUGCUGCUGCCGCGGUUGACAAGGUUCCAAAGGCGGAGCCUAUGCGCCGCAUGACUUCCCAGAGCUCUACCAGCAGCCACAAGCAAAGGAUCACCAAGUCGACACCCCCGACCAAGAGGGUAGGAAGGUCGAGAGUUCCAUCAGUUCAUCUCACCUCGACCUCCUCGGCGUUGUCCAAGCUUGAUGUCUCUGGAAAUGGCUCCAGCUAUCAGGAUGCCUCAUUGACACAUGGCCGCAUCAUGGAUGUACCCCAGUUCUCUACUCCGGAUUUUGAAUCAUUCAAUGGACACCCAGCAUUCUACACCAGCAUGAUGGGCAUGCCGGAUGGUCUUCCUUUCUCCGCCGAGAUGGGUGCUUCUGCUAUGAGCCAGCAUGUGAACCCCCAGAUCUUCACUGCCGGUAUGAUUGGUAGCUCUCCUCAGUCUUGGGGCUCUCCUAGCCCUGUUGGCUCUUCGCGCAUGUCUUCCCCUGGAUUCUUCGAGGGGGAUGUCUUCUCUGGUGUUCCUUCUGGCUCUUCUCCCGAGGAGAGCACAAGCUCUAUCUCGCCCAUUCUUGCCGGCCAAUCGCCCAGGAUGAGCCGCAACGGUUCGCAGUUCGUUACCACUGAGGAUAUCCAUGGAAAUGUGAUUCCUGCUAUUGACGAUGCCUUUUCUCUUCCUCCUUCUUUCGGCGCUCGCCGUAUGAGCGGUGAUGGUGAGUCUGCCAGGGAUCACUAUCUCUACAAGAACGCUCUUCCGCAAGCCGAUGGUCUUUUCCACUGCCCAUGGGAGGGUGAGACCAACUGCAACCACAAGCCCGAGAAGCUCAAGUGCAACUAUGACAAGUUCGUUGACUCUCACCUCAAGCCCUACCGCUGCAAGGUUGAAGGAUGCCAGAACGCCCGUUUCUCUUCUACUGCUUGCCUUCUUCGUCAUGAGCGUGAGGCCCACGCCAUGCACGGACAUGGAGAGAAGCCCUAUCUCUGCACUUAUGAGGGAUGUGAACGCUCACUUCCUGGACAUGGCUUCCCCCGCCAAUGGAACUUGAGGGACCACAUGAGGCGUGUUCACAACGAUAACGGCUCUGCUGCCCAGGCCGCUUCUUCUCCUCCCCCAUCGGGAGCCAGUGCUUCUUCCCGGGGUCGCAAGAGAAAGAGCGAGGGUGAUAAACAGGAAGCACAGGAAAAGACCAGCUCCCGCAAGUCAGCCAACAAGAUUAGCAAGGCUGAGGCCCAGGCCGAUGUUCACCGUGCUCAAUGGAGCGAGCACCAGAAGGCUCUCCAGAGCAUUUUUCAGGAAUACCUUCAGCCCGAGGACCCCCAAAGCCUUCAGUACAUCAAGGAUGCUCAGGAGCACUUGGCCGCCAUGGGCAAGCUUCAUCAAGCCCUUUCUAACGGUGUUCAGCCCCGCAGCUGGAAGAUGUGA